GGCGCCGGGGGAGCGGCAGUCGCGGUUCGCUGGGCCCGGCCGGGCCGCAGCCGCCGCCGGGCUGACCUUGGGCCCCGGUGGCGGAGCCGGCGGGCCGGCGGCAGCGCGGGGGUGCCGGUGGGCACUGCGGGGUGUGCCCCCACACGGUGCCGGGGCAUCGGGAGGGCUUGCCAGGUAAAGAUCCCUGCAGUCCUCCUUCAGACUGUCUGGCCAAGCUGCCUCUGUCCUCAUCCCUCAGGACCCUGGGCCUAGCCAAAGUCCACUCGUGAAACUUCCCAGCAGAGUGUGGGCGUCGAGCGUGGGGCUGAUGCAGAGGAGGCAGCGUGGCAGUGAGCUGGGACUUGUGUUGAGUUUCUGCGCCGUGCCAGUGAAGCCACACCUGAGUGGCAUCUGUGCCUCCCUGGUGGUGCUCAGCUGCUGCCUGAGCUGCAGUGUUACCCGGUGUUUUGUGCCACAGAGUGUCAGGGCCAGGUUUUGUGAUGCUGCUGCCCGUGUUUGAUGCAGUUUCGGUCUUUCACAGGUUUUUGGCCAGCCUCUCUUUUGUUCACACAGCGUUUCAUUAGCGUGAGGGCCAACCUUUCACUGCUGGAAUUUGUAAUUCCAGGGGAAUUCAAUUCUGUUUAACUUCGGAACAGCACAGAGGGGAGGAAGUGCUGCUUUCUGUGGUCGCCUGGCUGUGAGCAGCCAUGGCCCAGCCCGUGCCAGCCCUGGCCCUUUGCGGCGUGUCCCCCCGGGCCCGGGGCGUCGUGUGGCGGGUGCUGGGGUGACGCGGAGGCGCUGCGGGGCCGCGCCGCUGCGGGGCUGUCUCACCGGCUCUCCGAGGCACGGGGCACCCCCGCCAUGGCUCUGGCGGCCGCCGAGGAGGCGGUGGGCUCCUCGGGCAAGCACUACGUGUGCGGGCUGUGCGCGGCCUUCACCAACAUCGCGGUGACGUUCCCCAUCCAGAAGGUGCUGUUCCGGCAGCAGCUCUACGGGCUGCGCGCCGGCGAGGCCGUGCGCCAGCUGCGCCGCGACGGGCUGCGCACGCUCUACCGCGGCAUCCUGCCCCCGCUGCUGCAGAAGACCACCACGCUGGCCCUCAUGUUCGGCCUCUACGAGGAUUUCUCGGCGCUGCUGCUGAGCCACGGCCGCGCCCCCGAGCUGCUGACGCGCAGCGCGGCCGCCGCGCUGGCCGGCACCACCGAGGCCGUGCUGACGCCCUUCGAGCGCGUGCAGACGCUGCUGCAGGACUACAAGCACCACGACAAGUUCACAAACACUUACCAGGCUUUCAAGGUGCUGAAAGCCUACGGGUUGCGGGAGUAUUACAGGGGAUUGGUGCCCAUUCUGCUGCGGAACGGGCCCAGCAACGUGCUCUUCUUCGGGCUGCGGGGGCCCAUCAAGCAGUGUCUGCCCGAGGCCACCUCGCACAGCUCUCACCUGGUCAACGACUUCAUCUGCGGGGGGCUGCUGGGCGCCGUGCUGGGCUUCCUGUUCUUCCCCAUCAACGUCGUAAAGACUCGCAUGCAAGCUCAGAUUGGUGGCGAAUUUCAGUCCUUCUCCAAAGUGUUAGUGAAGAUCUGGCUGGAGCGCGACAGGAAGGUGAUGCACCUCUUCAGGGGAGCCCACCUGAACUACCACCGCUCCGUGCUGUCCUGGGGGAUCAUCAACGCCACCUACGAGUUCCUGCUGAAGCUGCUGUGACCCCGUCCCGCUCGUGGGGCAGCAGCACUCGGCCUCCUCGGUCCCAGGGAGCAGUGCCUGUGCAUGUGACAGGUAAUUCCUCCCAGCCUUGCAUAUUUAUGGGGUGAAUGGUGAUGCAUUUAAACCUUGGUGCAAUUAUGAUGAACUUCUUAAAGUAUUCCUUUGCUGGCAGGUGAGUUUACCCAUCACAGAGCUACCAGACAAACACAAGGUGUAAAAGAGGAAAGAAAUGUAGUCUAUCACUCCCAAAAUUGCUAUGCUCUGUGGUGGGGUGAACUCCACUGCCCAUGUUUAGAACAGGAGAAUCAAGGAGGAGCUGAAGAAAAACAAUUCCAUUGCCUGAUCAUCUUCCCAGUCUCGAUUUUGGAACUGCAUUUUCAGAUGUUUUGGGGUCCUCAUUGCGUAAAGCUCAAAGGACAGAUACCGAAGGGGAUGACUGAAGUGCAGAACUCCCACUGCACCUCAGCGUGCUGCAGGCACCUCGGGGUGGCCUGUGGUGACUGUGUCCUCAGCCGUGGCUCUGAGCGUGUGGCCUCAGCCCGGCUGGAUCUCCGUGUGUAUGUGUGCGUGUUUGUACGUGUGCCUUCCUGUGAAAAGGGAAAAGUGGAAGGAAUGGGACAGCAAACUCACUAAAGCUUUAAAGUGUCCUUCCUCGUUAAAAAACACCGAGUUUGUUCUGCUUUUUCUGAGGACUUUCUAUUUUUUAAUUGCUGCUUUUUCUGUUGCCUCCAGCUGCAGGAUCAGGGAGGUGUCCCUGUCUGUAGGGACACUCCAGCUCCUGCAGCUGCUCAAGCACUUCUCACACGGCUUUUUGCACUGCCACGUCUUGUCUUUCUCAGCUCCCUCUGCGGAGUUACCGAUCACGGGAUGUUUGUACCCAAAACUCGGGGUUCUGCCCGCUUGGUGUGUUCUGCUCAUGGUUCUGCAGCACAAGAGUGGCACAGGCAAGGUGAGAGUCCUGGGUUACCUGCUUCAGUGGAGGUCUGUAGGUGUAGUGGGGAUGACAAGCCAAAGAUGACCUUGGAAGCAGGGAGCAGGAAGGGUGGAGUGCUUGGAGACGUGUUUCAGGACUUCCGUAGGCAAACGUAGAAAAGGACUGACAGAAAUCUGUGUCUGACAGACAGGAGUUGAGGGAGAGGAGACUUGAGGCUUUAGAUACAGGGACAGAAGAUUGAGCACAACCCUGAGCUAGAUGAGGGUCCCAACAAAAGUGUUGGAAUCUCCCUGAGGGCUUCUUCUUCUUUAAUGAAACUAUACAUUCACAGAUAAACCAAAACACGCUGGAUGAUGGGGAGCAGCAAAGCUUUCAGAAACUGCUUUGAAUUUAGUCUUUUCUUAAGUCUUGGAGGGGCUAUUGCUUUUCUGAAUUUGAGUUUUCCAUUUGCUAAAACUGUCUUCCGAAAUUGAUCCUAAUCAGUGUGUUGUAAUCAUACAGUCCUGAGCUUCAGACAGCAGUGGGUGGGCACAAGCACGAGUUCCUGUAUCCCAGUGGUGAUUAUCUUCAUCUAAAUAAAAUGUUUACUGGAUGUUUGUUACUGGCAGAAUCUGAUUUUUACCAGUGUACCUUCUUUUUGUAAUCACUCCUUGAUGGAAUAAAAACAAAAUCUGCAUCCCA